AAAGCCCCAACCCCAGCUCUGUCAGCUGCGCUGUUUUCAUUCCAUCCCCCACAUCGACCCGCCUCCUCCUCCUCCUCCUCCUCUCUACGCUUCCGUGAUCGUUCAUCAUACCUAGGUUGGCAUCGCUCUCUAGGAGCAUCAAAGGCCCGCUGCUCCCGCUUCCGAUAAGCUACCAGUGCUGCUACUAUCGCAUCAGUUUAGCGACGAGUUCGCCAGCCGGGCUUCGAGUCUUUCGCCAUUUCGAAUACGCAGCUGUCACCAAUCUCAGCACCCGAAACAAUGACUACCGCCAUCGUGUCCGUCGUCUACCCAGCAGGCACCAAGUUCGACAUGGACUACUAUCUCGCCACCCACAUGCCGCUGGUCCAGUUGAAAUGGGCGCCGCUCGGUCUCAAGAACUGGAAGGUGAUCGAGUUUACCAACCCCGAGGCGCCUUACUCUGUUCAGGCCGUGCUCGAGUGGGAGGACGCGACGCAGUUCGCCAAGGCGUCCGCCACCCCCGAAGCGAAGGAAGUCUUCGACGACAUCCCCAAUUUCUCCGACCAGAAGCCCACGGUAUUGAGCGGUACUGUGAAGGGGGCUCAGAGCUGGUAGGAGGAAGGGCGGGAGGG